CGCGUAAAAAAAAAAAAAGUAGCGGUGCCCCCGUUCUUCUUUUUCUUUCUCAAUUUCCGUCAGACACACACACACACACAACCAGACAAAAUAACCCUAAACCGGCUGCUUGGAUGAACCAGAACCUAUCGAUCUGUCAGUACUACACCUGGAUUCAGUGACCAGCCGCACAGCAGGCAUGUCCCGAAGGAAGCAGAGCAACCCGAGGCAGAUCAAACGUCCUCUGGAGGAUGGCCUGGAGGAAGAGGAGGAGGAGUGCGUCUCCGAGGAGAACGAGCUCUUGGCCAAAGACGAGUUCUCGGCGGAGGAGAACUUCUCCGCAGAGUUUGAGGCGGAGAACAUGAGCUGUGAAGAGAUGGAGUACUUCUGCAGCAAAGGAGAGGAAGAUGGCAACCGAGAAGCAGGAGAGUCGGAGAUGGACGGGCAGGGCGAGAAGACCAGGCAUACCGCCGUGGGGCCCGAUGACUGGGACGGUCCAAGAGAGCUGGAUGGCUUUCUUAAAGAUGGCGAGCGUCGGAUCCACAGCCGGCAGCAGCUCCCCGUGGGGACGACAUGGGGACCCUUCGAUGGGAAGAUCGAGAUGAACACUGACAGCACUGCACUGAAGACGAAGAGCACGGUCCCGGUGGUGCUGAGCGCCGGCCCCAGGUGGCUGCUGGAUGUGACUUGGCAGGGAGCGGAGGACAACAAAAACAACUGUGUGGUGUACAGCAAAGGUGGCCAACUGUGGUGCACCACCACCAAGAACAUGAUGGAGGGCGAGGAGCUGGUGGCGUUCGCCGUGGACUUUGACUCGCGUCUGCAGGCGGUGAACCACAUGUCUCUGAGCGAGGGCAUGUACCCAGCCAGGCUGCUGGACAGCAUCCAGCUCCUGCCGCAGCAGGCCGCCAUGGCGUCCAUCCUGCCCACCGCCAUCGUCAACAAGGACAUCUUCCCUUGCAAGGCAUGUGGAAUCUGGUUUAGGAGCGAGAGGAACCUGCAGGCCCAUCUGAUGUACUACUGCAGCGGGCGGCAGAGGGAGCCAGAGACAGUGGUGGAGGAAAACGACAACAGCCCCCAUCAGACGCCCAACAUGUGUCCCUUUCCACAGUGCAAUAAGAGCUUCUCCGGAGCCAGGGCCCUGGAAAUGCACUUGAGCACCUCACACAGUGGUGUCAAAAUGGAAGAGAGCCUCCCUCCUGGCACCAGCUUGAAAUGCACAAUCUGUAACUACACGGCAGAUUCUCUUAUUACAUUCCAGCAUCACAUCAUGUCUCACCUGUCACAGGCGGCCUUCAGAUGCAAUCACUGCCAUAUCAGCUUCCAGAGCCACAGGGAACUCUUACAGCAUCAGGACUUACAUGGGCACGGCAGCAAACUUCACAGGGAAGGCGACGGCACCGAGCAUUCCCCCAGGGGGCCCGAGGAAAGCCUCCAGCAGCAGCAGCAGCAGCAGCAGCAGCAGCAGCAGCAGCAGCAGCAGGCCCGCGCUGAGCUGGCCAACAGGAAGGAUGCUCUGCUGGGGAGUCCCAAAGGGACCCUCAACAAGGAGACCAGCACAGACGGAGAGGCUGACAAGGCUGAGAAGAAGCCCAUGCUGUCUGUUCAGAAGGGAGAGGCCCACCCAGGCAGCAAAGCCAGUUUUUCUUACACUAGGAUCAAGUCUGAGCCCUCCAGCCCCCGGCUGGCCUCCUCCCCUGUGCAGCAUAACAUGCCUACAUUUCCCAUGGGCCCCUUCUUGUCUCAGUUUGCUUUCUCCCAAGACAUUUCAGUAGUCCCGCAGGCUUCUGAGAUUCUGGCUAAAAUGUCAGAGCUUGUUCACCGGAGGCUGCGCCACGGAGGGAACAGCUACCCCCCUGUCAUCUACAGCCCUCUCAUGCCCAAAGGGGCCACCUGUUUCGAAUGCAAUAUCACCUUCAGCAACCUGGACAACUAUUUGGUCCACAAAAAGCACUACUGUAACAGCCGCUGGCAACACAUGGCAAAGUCACCGGACUUCUCCGCCCUCUCGGAUAAGGUUCCCGAGGCGGUGAGCCCCAACAGUGGUCACAGUUCUGUUAGCAUGUUGACCGGUUGCCACCCUACAGACGCCGACAACCACCUCAUGCAGUCUGCAUGUCUGAACACCAAUGUUUUGGACAUGAUCAACGCUGGGGCCAAAGGGCCUGAGAAGGAUCUAGCCGGACAGGUGAAGAAGGUCUCUACCCCGACAGGUGCUGAGGAGAGGCUGAACGGCAAGCAACUGGAGGGGAAAAGCCCCAGUACAGGUUUGGUGGAAAGUGACAAUGACCCAAACAAGACAACCUGCGAAGCCUGCAAUAUCACCUUCAGUCGUCACGAGACCUUCAUGGUCCACAAGCAGUACUACUGUGCCACGCGUCAUGACCCGCCCAUGAAACGUAUGUCCAGCAACAAGGUACCCUCCAUGCAGAGAACCAUAAGGGCCCGCAAGCGCAGGAAGAUGUACGAGAUGUGUCUGCCAGACCAGGACCACCAGAGGAACCCUAUGGGUCAGGCAGGUUUCCUCGGGGUUCCUCCUAUGAACCCUUGUACAUCCCAGGAAGCUGUAGAGAGCCUAGCAGACCGCUUCCACCCGCGCUGCGACAUCUUUCCCGGCAUGGUACCCAAACACCUGGAAGCCUCCUUGACCGUCACUAAACCUAUUCUGGCUCCCAAAUGCAAUACAGUGGAGCAGCAGGAGCUGGACGCCCCCAUUGAUCUCAGCAAAAAGUGUUCGCCUGUCUCCGACAAGACAUGUAGCUCCCCAAAAAGACUGUUGGACUAUCACGAAUGUGCCGUGUGCAAGAUAAGUUUUAACAAAGUGGAGAACUACCUGGCGCACAAACAGAACUUUUGCCCUGCAACAGCCGCCGCCGCUGCUGCCGCCGCCGCCGCCGCCGCUCAACAACAGCCACAACAGCAGCAACAACACAAUGAGACUGGCAGCCUGGAGCCGACCAUGUUCCCAGAUGUGAAGAGCGAAGGCAAUAACAACCCUGAUGACGUCUACGAUAAGAGCCCGGGCAAGUGUGAGAAGAAUGGCAGUGGGAAGGGGAUGGUGCAGAAUGGAGGCAUGUUCCCCCCUCACCUGGGGAACGUGCCAGGACUCAAGCCUUUUGCUGAGCCCCAGCUCAUCCCAUCAAAAGACGAGAACAAGAAUAUGUUUCUGCCCCACUGCCUUUAUCCCGGAGCAAUAAAGAAGGUGAAAGGUCCCGAGCAACUAUCGCCGUAUUUUGGGAUAAAGCCAACCGAUUAUGUGACCGGGGGACCAGUGAUGCAGGGAGAGCCCAGCGAGCAGGAGCAGAGCGUUAACGGGGGAGGAGGCACAGGAGGAGGAGGAGGAGAGGCAGGAGCGACCAGAGAGCCGGCCCAGCAGCCUGCUGCUAACGGCUGCCCCCACCCUGGCAAGGAGCCCCUUCCCCUUCUCCCCAAAAACCGGGGCAUGGUCAUCGUCAACGGGGGGCACAAGCCCGAGGAGCGUUCGGGCACAGCUCCACCGCAGCAGGAGAAUCAGCCCCAGCCAGACGGCCAACCUCCUAAUCCGUCACCUACGUGGGCCGGCGAGAACCAGGCCGACUCCAACGAGAACAUGUCGCCUUCCUCCAAGUCUCCGGGCGAGGAGGCGGCGCCCACAGCCAACAAAGGCGUGAACGGCUCUGGAAGUGGCAAGUACUGCCGCCUCUGUGAUAUCCAGUUCAACAACCUGUCAAACUUUAUUACCCAUAAGAAGUUUUACUGUUCAUCACAUGCUGCAGAGCAUGUCAAAUAAGUUGAGAAGAGGAAGACGUGCUCAUCUUCUCACUCCCACACCUUUUACCCCCUCCCCCCACCCAACUUU